AUGACAGCUGCUCCAACAGCUACCACACCUGUCCUGACAACAACUGAAGCAACAACGACAUCUUCUCCAACAACCGAAGCAACGACACCUGCCCCGACAACAACUGAAGCAACGACACCUACUCCAACAACUGCCUCAUCAACGACACCUGUCCCUAUAACAACUGAAGCAACGACAACUGUCCCCACAACAACUGAAGCAACGACACCUACCCCAACAACUGCCUCAUCAACGACACCUGCUCCUACAACAUCUGAAGCAACGACAACUGUCCCCACAACAACGAAAGCAACAACGACAUCUUCCCCAACAAUUGAAGCAACAACGACACCUGUUCCAACUCCUGAGGCAAUAACCACACCUGCCCGGACCACUGAAGCAACAAUGACAUCUCCAACAACUGAAGCAAUGGCAACAACUGCCCCGACAACAAUUGCAGCAACGACGACUGCCCCGACAACAAUUGAAGCAACAAUGACACCUGCUCAAACACCUGCUCCAACAGCUACGCCAACGACACCUACUCCAACAACUGCAGAAACAACGACAUCUGCCCCAACAACAACUCAAGCAACAACGACACCUGCUCAAACAACUCAAGCAACAACGACACCUGCUCGACCAACUGAGGCAUUGACACCUGCUCUAACAACUGCGGGAACAACAACAACUAUCUCCACAACAACUGAAGCAACAUCAUCUGCUCCAACAGCUACGGCAACGACACCUACUCCAACAACUGCAGAAACAACGACAUCUACCCCAACAACAACUGAAGCAACAACGACACCUGCUCAAACAACUCAAGCAACAACCACACCUGCUCCAACAGCUGAAGCAACAACCACACCUGCCCUGACAACAACUGAAGCAAUAAUGACAUCUUCUCCAACACCUGCUCCAACAGCUACGCCAACAACAUCUACUCCAACAACUGCAGCAACGACAACUAUCCCCACAAGAACUGAAGCAACGACACCUACUCCAACAACUGCUUCAACAACGACAUCUGCCCCAACAACAACUGAAGAAACAACAACACCUGCUCAAACAACUGAAGCAACAACCACACCUGACCGAAACAACAAGUGUCCUGACAACAACAGCAUCAACAACGACACUUGCCCCGACAACAACUGA